AUGCUUUCCAUCACCCCGCCCCAUUCUCCCGCUUUCCAUCACCCCGCCCCAUUCUCCCGCUUUCCAUCACCCCGCCCCAUUCUCCCGCUUUCCAUCACCCCGCCUCAUUCUCCAUUUUUCCAUCACCCCGCCCCAUUCUCCCGCUUUCCAUCACCCUGCCCCAUUUUCACUCUUUCCAUCACCCCGCUCCAUUCUCCCGCUUUCCAUCACCCCGCCCAAUUCUCCCUAUUUCCAUCACCCCUCCCCAUUCUCCCUCUUUCCAUCACCCCGCCCCAUUCUCCCGCUUUCCAUCACCCCGCCCCAUUCUCCCUCUUUCCAUCACCCGGCCUCAUUCUCCCUCUUUCCAUCACCCCGCCCCAUUCUCCCGCUUUCCAUCACCCCACCCCAUUCUCCCGCUUUCCAUCACCCCGUCCAAUUCUCCCUCUUUCCAUCACCCCGCCCCAUUCGCCCGCUUUCCAUCACCCCGCCCCAUUCUUCCUCUUUCCAUCUCCCCGCCCCAUUCUCCCUCUUUCCAUCACCCCGCCCCAUUCUCCCGAUUUCCGUCACCCCGCCCCAUUCUCCCUCUUUCCAUCACCCCGCCCCAUUCUCCCGAUUUCCGUCACCCCGCCCCAUUCUCCCUCUUUCCAUCACCCCGCCCCAUUCUUCCUCUUUCCAUCUCCCCACCCCAUUCUCCCUCUUUCCAUCACCCCGCCCCAUUCUCCAUCUUUCCAUCACCCCGCCCCAUUCUCCCUCUUUCCAUCACCCCGCCCCAUUCUCCCGAUUUCCGUCACCUCGCCCCAUACUCCCUCUUUCGAUCACCCCGCCCCAUUCUCCCGAUUUCCGUCAUCCUGCCCCAUUCUCCCUCUUUCCAUCAUCCCGCCCUAUUCUCCCUCUUUCCAUCACCCCGACCCAUUCUCCCGCUUUCCAUCACCCCGCCCCAUUCUCCCUCUUUCCAUCACACCGCCCCAUUCUCCCGCUUUCCAUCACCCCGCCCCAUUCUCCCUCUUUCCAUCACCCGGCCCCAUUCUCCCUCUUUCCAUCACCCCGCCCCAUUCUCCCGCUUUCCAUCACCCCGCCCCAUUCUCCUGCUUUCUAUCUCCCCGCGCCAUUCUCCCUCUUUCCAUCACCCCGCCCCAUUCUCCCGCCUUCCAUCACCCCGCCCCAUUCUCCAUCUUUCCAUCACCCUGCCCAAUUCUCCCCCUUUCCAUCACCCCGCCCCAUUCUCCCGCCAUACAUCACCCCGCCCCAUUCUCCCUUUUUCCAUCACCCCGCCCCAUUCUCUCGCUUUCCAUCACCCCGCCCCAUUUUCCCGAUUUCCAUAACCCCACCCCAUUCUCCCGCUUUCCAUCACCCCGCCCCAUUCUCCCGCUUUCCAUCAUUCCGCCCCAUUCUCCUGCUUUCCAUCACCCCGCCCCAUUCUCCCGCUUUCCAUCACCCCGCCCCAUUCUCCCGCUUUCCAUCACCCCGCCCCAUUCUCCCGCUUUCCAUCACCCCGCCUCAUUCUCCAUUUUUUCCAUCACCCCGCCCCAUUCUCCCGCUUUCCAUCACCCUGCCCCAUUUUCACUCUUUCCAUCACCCCGCUCCAUUCUCCCGCUUUCCAGCACCCCGCACAAUUCUACCUAUUUCCAUCACCCCUCCCCAUUCUCCCUCUUUCGUUCACCCCGCCCCAUUCUCCCGCUUUCCAUCACCCCGCCCCAUUCUCCCUCUUUCCAUCACCCGGCCUCAUUCUCCCUCUUUCCAUCACCCUGCCCCAUUCUCCCGCUUUCCAUCACCCCACCCCAUUCUCCCGCUUUCCAUCACCCCGUCCCAUUCUCCCUCUUUCCAUCACCCCGCCCCAUUCGCCCGCUUUCCAUCACCCCGCCCCAUUCUUCCUCUUUCCAUCUCCCCGCCCCAUUCUCCCUCUUUCCAUCACCCCGCCCCAUUCUCCCGAUUUCCGUCACCCCGCCCCAUUCUCCCUCUUUCCAUCACCCCGCCCCAUUCUUCCUCUUUCCAUCUCCCCACCCCAUUCUCCCUCUUUCCAUCACCCCGCCCCAUUCUCCAUCUUUCCAUCACCCCGCCCCAUUCUCCCUCUUUCCAUCACCCCGCCCCAUUCUCCCGAUUUCCGUCACCUCGCCCCAUACUCCCUCUUUCGAUCACCCCGCCCCAUUCUCCCGAUUUCCGUCAUCCUGCCCCAUUCUCCCUCUUUCCAUCAUCCCGCCCUAUUCUCCCUCUUUCCAUCACCCCGACCCAUUCUCCCGCUUUUCAUCACCCCGCCCCAUUCUCCCUCUUUCCAUCACACCGCCCCAUUCUCCCGCUUUCCAUCACCCCGCCCCAUUCUCCCUCUUUCCAUCACCCGGCCCCAUUCUCCCUCUUUCCAUCACCCCGCCCCAUUCUCCCGCUUUCCAUCACCCCGCCCCAUUCUCCCGCUUUCCAUCACCCCGUCCCAUUCUCCCUCUUUCUAUCACCUUGCCCCAUUCGCCUGCUUUCCAUCACCCCGCCCCAUUCUUCCUCUUUCCAUCUCCCCGCCCCAUUCUCCCUCUUUCCAUCACCCCGCCCCAUUCUCCCGAUUUCCGUCACCCCGCCCCAUUCUCCCUCUUUCCAUCACCCCGCCCCAUUCUCCCGAUUUCCGUCAUCCUGCCCCAUUCUCCCACUUUCCAUCACCCCGCCCCAUUCUCCCUCUUUCCAUCACCCCGACCCAUUCUCCCGCUUUCCAUCACCCCGCCCCAUUCUCCCUCUUUCCAUCACCCCGCCCCAUUCUCCCGCUUUCCAUCACCCCGCCCCAUUCUCCCGCUUUCCAUCACCCCGCCCCAUUCUCCCUCUUUCCAUCACCCCGCCCCAUUCUCCCGCUUUCCAUCACCCCGCCCCAUUCUCCCGCUUUCCAUCACCCCGCCCCAUUCUCCCUCUUUCCAUCACCCCGCCCCAUUCUCCCGAUUUCCGUCACCCUGCCCCAUUCUCCCUCUUUCCAUCACCCCGCCCCAUUCUCCCGAUUUCCGUCACCCCGCCCCAUUCUCCCUCUUUCCAUCACCCCGCCCCAUUCUUCCUCUGUCCAUCUCCCCGCCCCAUUCUCCCUCUUUCCAUCACCCCGCCCCAUUCUCCCUCUUUCCAUCACCCCGCCCCAUUCUCCCUCUUUCCAUCACCCCGCCCCAUUCUCCCGAUUUCCGUCACCUCGCCCUAUUCUCCCUCUUUCCAUCACCCCGCCCCAUUCUCCCGAUUUCCGUCAUCCUGCCCCAUUCUCCCUCUUUCCAUCACCCCGCCCCAUUCUCCCUCUUUCCAUCACCCCGACCCAUUCUCCCGCUUUCCAUCACCCCGCCCCAUUCUCCCUUUUUCUAUCACCCCGCCCCAUUCUCCCGCUUUCCAUCACCCCGCCCCUUUCUCCCUCUUUCCAUCACCCCGCCCCGUUCUCCCGCUUUCCAUCACCCCACCCCAUUCUCCCGCUUUCCAUCACCCCGCCCCAUUCUCCCGCUUUCCAUCACCCGCCCCAUUCUCCCGCUUUCCAUCACCCCGCCCCAUUCUCCCUCUUUCCAUCACCCCGCCCCGUUCUUCCGCUUUCCAUCACCCCGCCCCAUUCUCCCGCUUUCCAUCACCCCGCCCCAUUCUCCCGCUUUCCAUCACCCCGCCCCAUUCUCCCGCUUUCCAUCACCCCGCCCAAUUCUCCCUCUUUCCAUCACCCCUCCCCAUUCUCCCUCUUUCCAUCACCACGCCCCAUUCUCCCGAUUUCCAUCACCCCGCCCCAUUCUCCCUCUUUCCAUUACCCCGCCCCAUUCUCCUGCUUUCCAUCACCCCGCCCCAUUCUCCCUCUUUCCAUCAUCCCGCCCCAUUCUCCCGCUUUCUAUAACCCCACCCCAUUCUCCCGCUUUCCAUCACCCUGCUCCAUUCUCCCGCUUUCCAUCACCCCGCCCAAUUCUCCCGCUUUCCAUCACCCCUCUCCAUUCUCCCUCUUUCCAUCUCCCCGCCCCAUUCUCCCUCUUUCCAUCACCCCGUCCAACUCUCCCUCUUUCCGUCACCCCGCCCCAUUCUCCCUGUUUCCAUCACCUCGCCCCAUUCUCCCUCUUUCCAUCUCCCCACCCCAUUCUCCCCCUUUCCAUCACCCCGCCCCAUUCUCCCUCUUUCCAUCACCCCGCCCCAUUCUCCCGCCUUUCAUCACCCCGCCCCAUUCCUCUCGCUUUCCAUCACCCCGCCCAAUUCUCCCGCUUUCCAUCACCCUGCCCCGUUCUAACGCUUUCCAUCACCCCUCCCCGUUCUCCCUCUUUCCAUCACCCCGCCCCAUUCUCCCGCUUUCCAUCACCCCGCCCCAUUCUCCCUCUUUCCAUCACCCCGCCCCAUUCUCCCGCCUUUCAUCACCCCGCCCCAUUCUCCCGCUUUCCAUCACCCCGCCCAAUUCUCCCGCUUUCCAUCACCCCGCCCCAUUCUCCCGCCUUCCAUCACCCCGCCCCAUUCUCCCUCUUUCCAUCACCCCGCCCCAUUCUCACGCUUUCCAUCACCCCGCCCCAAUCUCCCUCUUUCUAUCACCCCGCCCCAUUCUCCCACUUUCCAUCACCCCGCCCCAUUCUCCCUCUAUCCAUCACCCCGCCCCAUUCUCUCGCUUUCCAUCACCCCGCCUUAUUCUCCCGUUUUCCAUCACCCCGCCCCAUUCUCCCGAUUUCCAUCACCCCGCCCCAUUCUCUCGCUUUCCAUCACCCCGCCCCAUUCUUCCGAUUUCCAUCACCCCGCCCCAUUCUCCCGCUUUCCACCACCCUGCCCCAUUCUCACUCUUUCCAUCACCCCUCCCCAUUCUCCCUCUUUCUAUCACCCUGCCCCAUUCUCCUGCUUUCUAUCUCCCCGCCCCAUUCUCCCUCUUUCCAUCACCCUGCCCCAUUCUCCCGCCUUCCAUCACCCCGCCCCAUUCUCCAUCUUUCCAUCACCCUGCCCAAUUCUCCCCCUUUCCAUCACCCUGCCCCAUUCUCCCGCGAUCCAUCAACCCGCCCCAUUCUCCCUCUUUCCAUCACCCCGCCCCAUUCUCUCGCUUUCCAUCACCGCGCCCCAUUUUCCCAAUUUCCAUCACCCCGCCCCAUUCUCCCGCUUUCCAUCACCCUGCCCCAUUCUCCUGCUUUCCAUCACCCCGCCCCAUUCUCCCGCUUUCCAUCACCCCGCCCCAUUCUCCCGCUUUCCAUCACCCGCCCCAUUCUCCCGGUUUCCAUCACCCCGCCCCAUUCUCCCGCUUUCCAUCACCCCGCCCCAUUCUCCCGCUUUUCAUCACCCCGCCCCAUUCUCCCGCUUUCCAUCACCCCGCCCCAUUCUCCCGCUUUCCAUCACCCCGCCCCAUUCUCCCGCUUUCCGUCACCCCGCCCCAUUCUUCCGCUUUCCAUUACCCCGCCCCAUUCUCCCGCUUUCCAUCACCCCGCCCCAUUCUCUCGCUUUCCAUCACUUUGCCCCAUUCUCCCGCUUUCAAUCACCCCGUCUCUUUCUUCCUCUUUCCAUCACCCCGCCCCAUUCUCCCGCUUUCCAUCACCCCGCCCCAUUCUCCCGCUUUCCAUCACCCCGCCCCAUUCUCCCGCUUUCCAUCACCCCGCCCCAUUCUCCCGCUUUCCAUCACCCCGCCCCAUUCUCACUCUUUUAAUCACCCGCUCCUUUCUCCCUCUUUCCAUUACCCCACCCCAUUCUCCCUCUUUCCAUCACCCCGCCCCAUUCUCCCGCUUUACAUCACCCCGCCCCAUUCUCCCGCUUUCCAUCACCCGCCCCAUUCUCCCGCUUUCCAUCACCCCGCCCCAUUCUCCCGCUUUCCAUCACCCCGCCCCAUUCUCCCGCUUUCCAUCACCCCGCCCCAUUCUCCCGGUUUCCAUCACCCCGCCCCAUUCGUCCGCUUUCCAUCACCCCGCCCCAUUCACCCCGCCCCAUUCUCCCUCUUUCCAUCAACCCGCCCCAUUCUCCCGCUUUUCUUCACCCCGCCCCAUUCUCCCUCUUUCCAUCACCCCACCCCAUUCUUCCGCUUUUCAUCACCCUGCCCCAUUCUUCCUCUUUCCAUCACCCCACCCCAUUCCCCCUCUUUCCAUCAGCCCGCCCCAUUCUCCCGCUUUUCUUCACCCCGCCCCAUUCUUCCGCUUUUCAUCACCCCGCCCCAUUCUCCCGCUUUCCAUCACCCCGCCCCAUUCUCCCGCUUUCGAUCACCCCGCCCCAUUCUCCCUCUUUCCAUCACCCUGCCCCAUUCUCCCUCUUUCCAUCACCCCACCCUAUUCUCCCUCUUUCCAUCACCCCGCCCCACUCUCCCGCUUUCCAUCACCCCACCCCUUUCUCCCGCGUUCCAUCACCCCGCCCCAUUCUCCCGCUUUCCAUCACCCCGCCCCAUUCUCCCGCUUUCCAUCACCCCGGCCAUUUCUCCCGCUUUCCACCACCCUGCCCCAUUCUCCCGCUUUCCACCACCCUGCCCCAUUCUCCCGCUUUCCAUCACCCCGCCCCAUUCUCCCGCUUUCCAUCACCCCGCCCCAUUCUCCCGCUUUCCACCACCCCGCCCCAUUUUCAAGCUUUCCAUCACCCCGCCCCAUUCUCCUGCUUUCCAUCACUGCGCCCCAUUCUCCCGCUUUCCAUCACCUCGCCCCAUUCUCCCGCUUUUCAUCACCCCGCCCCAUUCUCCCGCUUUCCAUCACCCUGGCCCAUUCUCCCGUUUUCCAUCACCCCGCCCCAUUCUCCUACUUUCCAUCACCCCGCCUUAUUCUCCCGCUUUCCAUCACCCCGCCCCAUUCUCCCGCUUUCCAUCACCCCGUCCCAUUCUCCCUCUUUUCGUUACCCCGCCCCAUUCCCCCUCUUUCCACCACCCCGCCCCGUUCUCCCGCUUUCCAUCACCCCGGCCCAUUCUCCCUAUUUCCAUCACCCCGCUCCAUUCUCCCACUUUCCAUCACCCCGCCCCAUUCUCCCGCUUUCUGUCACCCCGCCCCAUUCUCCCGCUUUCCAUCACCCCGCCCCAUUCUCCCUCUUUCCAUCACCCCGCCUCAGUCUCCCUCUUUCCAUCACCCCGCCCCAUUCUCCCGCUUUCCAUCACCCUGCCCCAAUCUCCCGCUUUCCAUCACCCCGCCCCAUUCUCCCUCCUUCCAUCACCCCGCCCCAUUCUCCCGCUUUCCAUCACCCCGCCCCAUUCUCCCGCUUUCCAUCACCCAGCCCCAUUCUCCCGCUUUCCAUCACCCCGCCCCAUUCUCCUGCUUUCCAUCACCCCGCCCCAUUCUCCCGCUUUCCAUCACCCCGCCCCAUUCUCCCUCCUUCCAUCACCCCGCCCCAUUCUCCCGCUUUCCAUCACCCCGCCCCAUUCUCCCUCCUUCCAUCACCCCGUCCCAUUCUCCCUCCUUCCAUCACCCCGCCCCAUUCUCCCGCUUUCCAUCACCCCGCCCCAUUCUCCCGCUUCCCAUAACCCCACCCCAUUCUCCCGCUUUCCAUCACCCCACCACAUUUUCCUGCUUUCUAUUACCCCGCCCCAUUCUCCCUCAUUCCAUCACCCCGCUCCAUUCUCCCGCUUUCCAUCACCCGCCCCAUUCUCCCGCUUCCCAUAACCCCACCCCAUUCUCCCGCUUUCCAUCACCCCGCCACAUUUUCCCACUUUCCAUCACCCCGCCCCCUUCAUCCUUCUUCCAUCACCCCGGCCCAUUCUCCCUUCUUCCUUCACCCCGCCCCAUUCUCCCGCUUUCCAUCACCCUGCCCCAUUCUCCCGCUUUCCAUCACACCGCCCCAUUCUCCCGCUUUCCAUCACCCCGCCCCAUUCUUCCGCUUCCCAUCAUCCCGCCCCAUUCCCCCGCUUUCCAUCACCCCUCCCCAAUCUCCCUCCUUCCAUCACCCCGCCCCAUUCUCCCACUUUCCAUCACCCGCCCCAUUCUCCCGCUUUCCAUCACCUCGCCCCAUUCUCCCGCCCCGCCCCAUUCACCCGCUUUCCAUCACCCCUCCCCUUUCUCCUGCUUUCCAUCUCCCCGCCCCAUUCUCCCGCUUUCCACCACCCCGCCCCAUUCUCCCGCUUUCCAUCAUCCCGCCCCAUACUUCCCCUUCCCAUCAUCCCGCCCCAUUCCCCCGCUUUCCAUCACCCCUCCCCAUUCUCCCUCCUUCUAUCACCCCGCCCCAUUCUCUCGCUUUCCAUCACCCCGCCCCAUUCUCCCGCUUUCCAUCACCCCGACCCAUUCUCCCGCUUUCCAUCACCCCGCCCCAUUCUCCUUCCUUCCAUCACCCCACCCCAUUCUCCCGCUUUCCAUCACCCCGCCCCAUUCUCCCUCCUUCCAUCACCCCGCCCCAUUCUCCCUCAUUCCAUCACCCCGCUCCAUUCUCCCGCGUUCCAUCACCCCGCCCCAUUCUCCCGCUUUCCAUCACCCCGCCACAUUUUCCCACUUUCCAUCACCCCGACCCCUUCUCUCUCCUUCCAUCACCCCGCCCCAUUCUCCCUCUUUCCAUCAGCCCACUCCAUUCUCCCGCUUUCCAUCACCCCGCUCCUUUCUCCCGCUUUCCAUCUCCCCGCCCCAUUCUCCCGCAUUCCAUCACACCGCCCCAUUCUCCCGCUUUCCAUCACCCCGCCCCAUACUUCCGCUUCCCAUCAUCCCGCCCCAUUCCCCCGCUUUCCAUCACCCCGCACCUUUCUCCCGCUUUCCAUCUCCCUGCCCCAUUCUCCCGCUUUCCAUCACCCACCCCAUUCUCCCGCUUUCCAUCACCUCGCCCCAUUCUCCCGCUUUCCAUCACCCCGCCCCAUUCUUCUGCUUUCCAUCACCCCGCCCCAUUCUCCCGCUUUCCAUCACCCAGCCCCAUUCUCCCGCUUUCCAACACCCCGGCCCAUUCUCUCGCUUUCCAUCACCCCGCCCCCUUCUUCCUCCUUCCAUCACCCCGCCCCGUUCUCCCUCCUUCCUUCACCCCGCCCCAUUCUCCCGCUUUCCAUCACCCUGCCCCAUUCUCCCGCUUUCCAUCACCCCGCACCAUUCUGCCGCUUUCCAUCACCCCGCCCCAUUCUCCCGCUUUCCAUCACCCCACCCCAUUCUCCCGCUUUCCAUCACCCCGCGCCUUUCUUCCGCUUUCCAUCACCCGCCCCCUUCUCCCUCCUUCCAUCACCCCGCCCCAUUCUCCCUCCUUCCAUCACCCCGCCCCAUUCUCCCGCUUUCCAUCAGCCCGCCCCAUUCUCCCGCUUUCCAUCACCCCACCCCUUUCUCCCGCUUUCCAUCUCCCUGCCCCAUUCUCCCGCUGUCCAUCACCCCGCCCCAUUCUCCCGCUUUCCAUCACCCCGCCCCAUUCUCCCGCUUCCCAUCAUCCCGCCCCAUUCCCCCACUCUCCAUCACCCCUCCCCAUUCUCCCUCCUUCCAUCACCCCACCCCAUUCUCCCGCUUUCCAUUACACGCCCCAUUCUCCCGCUUUCCAUCCCCUUGCCCCAUCUCCCGCUUUCCAUCACCCCGCCCCAUUCUCCUGCUUUCCAUCACCCCACCCCAUUCACCCACUUUCCAUCACCCGCCCCAUUCUCCCACUUUCCAUCACCCCGCCCCAUUCUCCCACUUUCCAUCACCCCGCCCCAUUCUCCCGCUUUUCAUCACCCCGCCCCAUUCUCCCGCUUUCCAACACCCCGCCCCAUUCUCCCGCUUUCCAUCACCCCGCCCCAUUCUUCCGCUUCCCAUCAUCCCGCCCCAUUCCCCCGCUUUCCAUCACCCCUCCCCAUUCUCCCUCCUUCCAUCACCCCGCCCCUUUCUCCCGCUUUCCAUCUCCCCGCCCCAUUCUCCCGCUUUCCAUCACCCGCCCCAUUCUCCCGCUUUCCAUCACCUCGCCCCAUUCUCCCGCUUUCCAUCACCCCGCCCCAUUCUUCUGCUUUCCAUCACCCCGCCCCAUUCUCCCGCUUUCCAUCACCCUGCCCCAUUCACCCGCUUUCCAUCACCCGCCCCAUUCUCCCGCUUUCCAUCACCCCGCCUCAUUCUCCCGCUUUCCAUCACCCCGCCCCAUUCUCCCGCUUUCCAUCACCCCGCCCCAUUCUCCCGCUUUCCAACACCCCGGCCCAUUCUCUCGCUUUCCAUCAUCCCGCCCCCUUCGUCCUCUUUCCACCACCCCGCCCCGUUCUCCCUCCUUCCUUCACCCCGCCCCAUUCUCCCUCUUUCCAUCACCUUGCCCCAUUCUCUUGUUUCCAUCACCCCGCACCAUUCUCCUGCUUUCCAUCACCCCGCCCCAUUCUCCCGCUUUCCAUCACCCCGCCCCAUUCUCCCUCCUUCCAUCACCCCGCGCCAUUCUUCCGCUUUCCAUCACCCCGCCCCCUUCUCCCUCCUUCCAUCACCCCGCCCCAUUCUCCCUCCUUCCAUCACCCCGCCCCAUUCUCCCGCUUUCCAUCCGCCCGCCCCAUUCUCCCGCUUUCCAUCACCCCGCCCCUUUCUCCCGCUUUCCAUCUCCCUGCCCCAUUCUCCCGCUUUCCAUCACCCCGCCCCAUUCUCCCGCUUUCCAUCACCCCGCCCCAUUCUCCCGCUUCCCAUCAUCCCGCCCCAUUCCCCCGCUUUCCAUCACCCCUCCCCAUUCUCCCUCCUUCCAUCACCCCGCCCCAUUCUCCCGCUUUCCAUUACACGCCCCAUUCUCCCGCUUUCCAUCACCUCGCCCCAUCUCCCGCUUUCCAUCACCCCGCCCCAUUCUCCUGCUUUCCAUCACCCCGCCCCAUUCACCCACUUUCCAUCACCCGCCCCAUUCUCCCGCUUUCCAUCACCCCGCCCCAUUCUCCCACUUUCCAUCACCCCGCCCCAUUUUCCCGCUUUCUAUCACCCUGCCCCAUUCUCACGCUUUCCAUCACCCUGCCCCAAUCUCCCGCAUUCCAUCACCCCGCCCCAUUCUCCCUCCUUCCAUCACCCCGCCCCAUUCUCCCGCUUUCCAUCACCCCGCCCCAUUCUCCCGCUUUCCAUAACCCCGCCCCAUUAUCCCUCCUUCCAUCACCCGCCCCGUUCUCCCUCCUUCCAUCACCCCGCCCCUUUCUCCCUCCUUCCAUCACCCCGCCCUAUUCUCCCACUUUCCAUCACCCCGCCCCAUUCUCCCGCUUUCCAUCACCCCGCCCCAUUCUCCCUCCUUCCAUCACACCGCCCCAUUCUCCCGUUUUCCAUCACCCCGCCCCAUUCUCCCUCCUUCCAUCACCCCGCCCCAUUCUCCCGCUUUCCAUCACCCCGCCCCAUUCUCCCUCCUUCCAUCACCCUGCCCCAUUCUCCCGCUUUCCAUCACCCCGCGCUAUUCUCCCUCCUUCCAUCACCCCGCCCCAUUCUCCCGCUUUCCAUCACCCCGCCCCAUUCUCCCGCUUCCCAUAACCCCACCUCAUUCUCCCGCUUUCCAUCACCCCGCCACAUUCUCACGCUUUCCAUCACCCCGCCCCAUUCUCCUUCCUUCCAUCACCCCGCCCCAUUCUCCCACUUUCCAUCACCCCGCUCCAUUCUCCCGCUUUCCAUCACGCCGCCCCUUUCUCCCUCCUUCCAUCACCCCGCCCCAUUCUCCCUCCUUCCAUCACCCCGCCCCUUUCUCCCUCCUUCCAUCACCCCGCCCUAUUAUCCCUCCUUCCAUCACCCGCCCCGUUCUCCCUCCUUCCAUCACCCCGCCCCUUUCUCCCUCCUUCCAUCACCCCGCCCUAUUCUCCCGCUUUCCAUCAGCCCGCCCCAUUCUCCCGCUUUCCAUCACCCCGCCCCAUUCUCCUGCUUUCCAUCACCCCGCCCCAUUCUCCCGCUUUCCAUCACCCCGCCCCAUUCUCCCGCUUUCCAUCACCCCGCCCCAUUCUCCCGCUUUCCGUCACCCCGCCCCAUUCUCCCGCUUUCCAUCACCCCGCCCCAUUCUCCCGCUUUCCAUCACCCCGCCCCAUUCUCCCGCUUUCCAUCUCCCCGCCCCAUUCUCCCUCCUUCCAUCACCCCGCCUCAUUCUACCUCCUUCCAUCACCCCGCCCCAUGCUCCCGCUUUCCAUCACCCCGCCCCAUUCUCCUACUUUCCAUCACCCCGCCCCAUUCUCCCUCCUUCCAUCACCCCGCCCCAUUCUCCCGCUUUCCAUCACCCCGCCCCAUUCUCCCUCCUUCCAUCACCCUGCCCCAUUCUCCCGCUUUCCAUCACCCCGCGCUAUUCUCCCUCCUUCCAUCACCCCGCCCCAUUCUCCCGCUUUCCAUCACCCCGCCCCAUUCUCCCGCUUCCCAUAACCCCACCUCAUUCUCCCGCUUUCCAUCACCCCGCCACAUUCUCACGCUUUCCAUCACCCCGCCCCAUUCUCCUUCCUUCCAUCACCCCGCCCCAUUCUCCCACUUUCCAUCACCCCGCUCCAUUCUCCCGCUUUCCAUCACGCCGCCCCUUUCUCCCUCCUUCCAUCACCCCGCCCCAUUCUCCCUCCUUCCAUCACCCCGCCCCUUUCUCCCUCCUUCCAUCACCCCGCCCUAUUAUCCCUCCUUCCAUCACCCGCCCCGUUCUCCCUCCUUCCAUCACCCCGCCCCUUUCUCCCUCCUUCCAUCACCCCGCCCUAUUCUCCCGCUUUCCAUCAGCCCGCCCCAUUCUCCCGCUUUCCAUCACCCCGCCCCAUUCUCCUGCUUUCCAUCACCCCGCCCCAUUCUCCCGCUUUCCAUCACCCCGCCCCAUUCUCCCGCUUUCCAUCACCCCGCCCCAUUCUCCCGCUUUCCGUCACCCCGCCCCAUUCUCCCGCUUUCCAUCACCCCGCCCCAUUCUCCCGCUUUCCAUCUCCCCGCCCCAUUCUCCCUCCUUCCAUCACCCCGCCUCAUUCUACCUCCUUCCAUCACCCCGCCCCAUGCUCCCGCUUUCCAUCACCCCGCCCCAUUCUCCUACUUUCCAUCACCCCGCCCCAUUCUCCCUCCUUCCAUCACCCCGCCCCAUUCUCCCGCUUUCCAUCAGCCCACCCCAUUCCCCCGCUUUCCAUCUCCCUGCCCCAUUCUACCUCCUUCCAUCACCCUGCCCCAUGCUCCCACUUUCCAUCACCCCGCCCCAUUCUCCCUCCUUCCAUCACACCGCCCCAUUCUCCCGCUUUCCAUCACCCCGGCCCAUUCUCCCGCUUUCCAUCACCCCGCCCCAUUCUCCCUCCUUCCAUCACACCGCCCCAUUCUCCCGCUUUCCAUCACCGCGCCCCAUUCUCCCACUUUCCAUCACCCCGCCCCAUUCUCCCCCCGCCCCAUUCUCCCGCUUUCCAUCACCCCGCCCCAUUCUCCCGCUUUCCAUCACCCCGCCCCAUUCUCCCGCUUUCCAUCACCCCGCCCCAUUCUCACGCUUUCCAUCACCCCGCCCCAUUCUCCCGCUUUCCGUCACCCCGCCCCUUUCUCCCGCUUUCCAUCACCCCGCCCCAUUCUCCCGCUUUCCAUCACCCCGCCCCAUUCUCCCGCUUUCCAUCUCCCCGCCCCAUUCUCCCUCCUUCCAUCACGCUGCCUCAUUCUAUCUCCUUCCAUCACCCCGCCCCAUGCUCCCGCUUUCCAUCACCCCGCCCCAUUCUCCCACUUUCCAUCACCCCGCCCCAUUCUCCCUCCUUCCAUCACCCCGCCCCAUUCUCCCGCUUUCCAUCAGCCCACCCCAUUCUCCCGCUUCCCAUCUCCCCGCCCCAUUCUACCUCCUUCCAUCACCCCGCCCCAUGCUCCCACUUUCCAUCACCCCGCCCCAUUCUCCCGCUUUCCAUCACCCCGCCCCAUUCUCCCUCCUUCCAUCACACCGCCCCAUUCUCCCCCCGCCCCUUUCUCCCGCUUUCCAUCUCCCUGCCCCAUUCUCCCGCUUUCCAUCAACCCGCCCCAUUCUCCCGCUUUCCAUCACCCCGCCCCAUUCUCCUGCUUCCCAUCAUCCCGCCCCAUUCCCCCGCUUUCCAUCACCACUCCCUAUUCUCCCUCUUUCCAUCACCCCUCCCCAUUCUACCUCUUUCCAUCACCCCGCCCCCCACUCUCCCUCUUUCCAUCACCCCGCCCCAUUCUCCCGCUUUCCAUCACCCCGCCCCAUUCUCCCUCUUUCUAUCACCCCGCCCCAUUCUCCCGCUUUCCAUUACCCCACCCCAUUCACCCGCUUUCCAUCACCCCGCACUAUUCUUCUGCUUUCCAUCACCCCGCCCCAUUCUCCCGCUUUCCAUCACCCCGCCCCAUUCUCCCUCCUUCCAUCACCCUGCCCCAUUCUCCCGCUUUCCGCCACCCCGCCCCAUUCUCCCGCUUUCUAAAACCCCGCCCCAUUCUCCCGCUUUCCAUCAACCCGCCACAUUCUUCCACUUUCCAUCACCCCGCCCCAUUCUCCCUCCUUCCAUCACCCCGCCCCAUUCUCCCGCUUUCCAUCAGCCCGCCCCAUUCUCCCUCCUUCCAUCACCCCGCCCCUUUCUCCCGCUUUCCAUCAGCCCGCCCGAUUCUCCCGCUUUCCAUCACCCCGCCCCAUUCUCCCGCUUUCCAUCACCCCGCCCCAUUCUCCCGCUUUCCAUCACCCCGCCCCAUUCUCCCUCCUUCCAUCACCCCGCCCCAUUCUCCCACUUUCCAUCACCACGCCCCAUUCUCCCUCCUUCCAUCACCCCGCCCAAUUCUCCCUCCUCCCAUCACCCUGCCCCAUUCUCCCGCUUCCCAUAACCCCACCCCAUUCUCCCGCUUUCCAUCACCCUGCCACAUUCUCCCACUUUCCAUCACUCCGCCCCCUUCUCUCUCCUUCGAUCACCCUGCCCCAUUCUCCCGCUUUCCACCACCCCGCCCCAUUCUCCCGCUUUCCAUCACCCCGCCCCAUUCUCCCGCUUUCCAUCACCCCACCCCAUCCUCCCACCUUCUAUCACCCCGCCCCAUUCUCCCUCCUUCCAUCACCCCGCCCCAUUCUCCCGCUUUCCAUCACCUCGCCCCAUUCUCACGCUUUCCAUCACCCCGCCCCGUUCUCCCGCUUUCCAUCACCCCGCCCAAUUCUCCCGCUUUCCAUCACCCCGCCCCAUUCUCCCGCUAUCCAUCACCCCGCCCAAUUCUCCCGGUUUCCAUCACCCCGCCCCAUUCCCCUGCUUUCCAUCACCCCGCCCCAUUCUCCCGCUUUCCAUCACCCCGCCCCAUUCUCACGCUUUCCAUCACCCCGCCCAAUUCUCCCGCUUUCCAUCACCCCGCCCCAUUCUCCUGCUUUCCAUCACCCCGCCCCAUUCUCCCUCUUUCCAUCACCCCGCCCCAUUCUCCCUCCUUCCAUCACCCCGCCCAAUUCUCCGCUUCCCAUAACCCCAGCCCCAUCUCCCGCUUUCCAUCACCCCGCCACAUUCUCCCACUUUCCAUCACCCCGCCCCAUUCUCCCUCCUUCCAUCACCCCGCCCUAUUCUCCCUCCUUCCAUCACCCCACCCCAUUCUCCCGCUUUCCAUCUCCCCGCCCCAUUCUCCCGCUUUCCAUCACCCUGCCCCAUUCUCCCGCUUUCCAUCACCCCGCCCCAUUCUUCCGCUUCCCAUCAUCCCGCCCCAUUCCCCCGCUUUCCAUCACCCCUCCCCAUUCUCCCUCCUUCCAUCACCCCGCCCCAUUCUCCGCUUUCCAUCACCCGCCCCAUUCUCCUGCUUUCCAUCACCUCACCCCAUUCUCCCGCUUUCCAUCACCCCGCCUCAUUCUUCCGCUUUCCAUCACCCCGCCCCAUUCUCCCGCUUUCCAUCACCCCGCACCAUUCACCCGCUUUCCAUCACCCGCCCCAUCUCCCGCUUUCCAUCAACCCGCCCCAUUCUCCCGCUCUCCAGCACCCCGCCCCAUUCUCCCGCUUUUCAUCAGCCCGCCCCAUUCUCCCGCUUUCCAACACCCCUCCCCAUUCUCCUGCUUUCCAUCACCCCGCCCCAUUCUCCCGCUUUCCAUCACCCCGCCCCAUUGUCCCGCUUUCCAUCACUCUGCCCCAUUCUCCCGCUUUCCAUCACCCCGCCUCAUUCUUCCGCUUUCCAUCACCCCGCCCCAUUCUCCCGCUUUCCAUCACCCCGCACCAUUCACCCGCUUUCCAUCACCCGCCCCAUCUCCCGCUUUCCAUCAACCCGCCCCAUUCUCCCGCUCUCCAGCACCCCGCCCCAUUCUCCCGCUUUUCAUCAGCCCGCCCCAUUCUCCCGCUUUCCAACACCCCUCCCCAUUCUCCUGCUUUCCAUCACCCCGCCCCAUUCUCCCGCUUUCCAUCACCCCGCCCCAUUGUCCCGCUUUCCAUCACUCUGCCCCAUUCUCCCGCUUUCCAUCACCCCGCCCCAUUCUCCCGCUUUCCAUCACCCCGCCCCAUUCUCCCUCCUUCCAUCACCCCGCCCCAUUCUCUCGCUUUCCAUCACCCCGCCCCAUUCUCCCGCUUUCCAUCACCCAGCCCCAUUCUCCCGCUUUCCAUCACCCCGCCCCAUUUUCCCGCUUUCCAUCACCCCGCCCGAUUCUCCCGCUUUCCAUCACCCCGCCCCAUUCUCCCGCUUUCCAUCAUCCCGUCCCAUUCUCCCGCUUUCCAUCACCCCGCCCCAUUCUCCCUCCUUCCAUCACCCCGCCCCAUUCUCCCGCUUUCCAUCACCCCGCCCCAUUCUCCCUCCUUCCAUCUCCCCGCCCCAUUCUCCCGCUUUCCAUCACCCCGUCCCAUUCUCCCUCCUUUCAUCACCCCGCCCAUUCUCCCUCCUUCCAUCACCCCGCCCCAUUCUCCCGCUUUCCAUCAGCCCGCCCCAUUCUCCCGCUUCCCAUAACCCCGGAUGGAAGGAGGGAGAAUGGGGAGGGGUGAUGGAAAGCGGGAGAAUGGGGCGGGGUGAUGGAAGGAGGGAGAAUGGGACGGGGUGA